AUGUCAAAAUUAUAAUAAUAUCUAUCUGAUCUGAAAACACACCAAGAAGAAGAAAUCGAAAUAUAGAUUGAUCAACCCAAUAAACCAGAAAAUAGCGAUGAUUCAGACGAUGAAUAGAAUGAAAUUCUCAAUGAGAUUCUCAAAUGCAUGUAAAAGGGAUUGUCAGAAAGAGUCUUUGACUUUGACAUUACCAAUUAAAUCAGAUUGAUUGAUGUUGAUGACAUGAACAAAAGCGCCUUGUAUCUUGAUGCCUUGGCCUGGCUCUAUUCCAAUAGAGUAGAUAGAACCUACGUGGAGAGUCUCAAGUUAAAGGUUAAUUUAUUAAGAGCGUAUGACACAACCACUGUCCCGAAUGUUGCUCCCUAAAAGAAAAGCAAAUAACAAUAAUAACCUUAAUAAGUAACAUAGAAAACUAUUCAUCUCAAUCGAAAUGUGGAACUCAAAGAGAUUACCAAAUAUGGGGAAUCUACUCUUGAUUUCAAACCUUACACUCAUCAAUAUGAUACACUUUAGAUCAAUCCAUUCUUCAAUCAAACAAGCAAAUCCUUAGAUAUGCAGGACUUGAAUACCUUAAUUAUUUACAACCCUUAAUUCGAUGAGAAUCUAGCCAUAAUAAUCGAUCCUGAUUAACUCUUGAAAGUAAAUGAGCAGAACAAGAAUAUUUUGACAGGCUUUAUCAAGUUGGAAAUAGACACAUCAGUCCUUGACUAUUCCAAUUUAGUCUCUAAACAAUUCAAGAUGAGUUUCAACGAAAUUAAUGAUUUUAGAGAGAGAUACAAAUAUCUACUCAAUAAAAAAGAUACUCAAUCUGCUAAAUUGGAAAAAAGCUAACAAAUUGCUAUUGAUAAAUUUAUCAAUGAUUUUCGUGUUUAUGAUGAAAAAUUAAAAUAGGCACAAUAAACAAUUGACCAAUAAUAGUAAUCUCUCUCUUAAUUAAGUGUUGAGGAACAAUAAUUCAUAAGUUUGAAUCAGCAAUAUUAAUAAUAACUUAGAAUUAACCCUACUGAAAUAGAUACCGAUUAGUAAGAUUUACUUUUGAGAAACAAAAUUGCACAAUUGAAUAUUGAUUCAGGACCCUCAUAAGGGGAUAAUCUAAAUUAGACAAGAAAUCAAUAAGGUAGUGUAUAGAACUUAGUUCAGUAAAUUAAUCAGAUGGAUGUUGAGGAGUUCAAUAACUAAUUGCCUGAGCUUCUGCCUGAUCCUUUUGAUGAAGAUUAGCUAAAUGAAAAUAAUAAGUUAUAAUUAACCGAAGAAUAGAGAUAGUUACAAUUAGAGCAAUUCAAAAUAAACCAAGAAAAGAACAAGAUUUUAAGAGAACAAUUUUAAAAGCAAUAAAAAGAGACAGCCGAAAAAUAAGCAUAAAUAUAAGAAGAGCUGAAAUAACUUAGUUAUUAAUAGUAAUUUCAGGAUAUAUUUAAUGAUGUGAAUGCUCCAAUUGAUGAAUGGGAUUUGGAAUAGGAGGAAGAAUUUGAUUAAGAUUUAGCACCUUAUGAAGAAUAAUAAUAAAUACAGAAAACUAAUAAUUAACAAUAAGUAGUAUAACAAUAGUAGACAAAUGUUAAGAAGAAACAAAAGAAGGUCUAUCCAGAUACAUUUAAUUUUGACGAUGCAGCAGAAUUAAAUAGGUUUCUUAUUUUAAAUACGGUUGGAAAUACUUAGAGGGACUUCGGUCAAAGAGAAUUGACAUUAAAAUGCCUAGCUGAUAAUUGUUAAGAUUUUGACUAUUAUCGUUAUUUCGAGUACUUUACAAGGGAAUAUACUGGAUUUUUGGAAGAAGAAGAACACUAACAGGCAGUUCCCAUAGCAGGACCAGAAAAUUUUGGAUUAGAUGAAAUACAAAUCUAAGUGUAAUUAGAGGAGACCAAUUACAUGAUAGAAAAUUAUUAGAAUGACUUAGAAUACUACAUAUUGCCUUUUAGAGUAUAAGCUAAUAACAAUAAUGAGCCAAUUACAAUUAAAUAAUUGUAGGUCAUUUUGGAAAGAGUUAUUGAUGAGAUUAAAGGUUAGGUUGAAUUCAUAAAAAUAGAAAAGACAAUGCCUUUGAUUAUAAAUGAGAAAAUUAGUAAGAGUAAGUUAUUUGCUGCUCUUUUGUUUGUAGCAAAAAAUAAAGGAUACAAGUUAGAAUAAAAGAAUAACUCAUUUAAUGAUAUUCUAAUCAUAAAAAAGGAGCAAUCAAAUACUAUUGAGCUCGAUAACGAGGAAUACAAUCGUAACGAAUCGCAAGUUAAUGAGGCUAUGUAAAUUGAAAGAUGA